AUGCCUAAACGAGGAAGAGUACAGAAGUCAGUUGAUGACGAUAACGAUUCACAAGAUGAGUAUCGCGAGGAAGACGUCAAUAUUGCUGAAGACGAAGCGGCACAGGAAGAAAAUGCAGAGGAUGAGGAAGAAGAUACUGAAAUUGGUCGCAGUACCAAAAAAAGGAAGACCAGCGCAUUGAAUGUUGUUGAAGAUGAAAACGACUUGGAUGCAGCUGUUAGUGAAGAAGAUGAUGAGGAAGAUGACGACGAGGAAAGGGACGAAGAUGAAGAGGAAGAUGAUGAUGGAGCAGCAGCCACAGAGACAGGAGAAGAAGGUACAGGAGCAGAAAUUGGCAAGAAGAGAAGAGGUCGUAAAAAGAAGGAGAAACGUUAUUACUACAAGGAGGAAGAAGUAUUUGAUGCCGAAGGAAAUCCAUUAAGUACUGAGAAUGAUGAAGUAUAUAUCCCCAACGAAGAUCCAAAAGGUAAAGAAAAAAUAGAUGAAUUGGGAUACUUGAAAGGCGGUAGAGAAUUUCGAAUGAAGACUUUCAAAAUACUUGGUGAAGGUGACCGAUUAUACGUCAUAUCAACGAUCCCUGCUCGUAUGGUUGGAUUCAGAGAUUCUUACUUGUUGUUUAAAACUCAUCGUACAUUAUUCAAACGUGUAUGUGAUAACAACCAAAAACUCGAUUUAAUCAAUCGUGGAAUCAUACCUAACUCAUAUAAGGGUAGGGCUGUGAAUUUAGUCAGUGCGCGUUCAAUUUUCCGAGAAUUUGGUGCCAAGAUGAUCAAAGAAGGUAAGAAAGUCAUUGAUGAUUUUUGGGAACAACGAGCAAUUGAUAACGGUGAUAUACCGGGUGAAUAUGCUGAUCCUGAUGAAUUAUACAAGAACAAAUUGUCAAAUGUAUUGGGUGAAGGUGUAGGUGGUGGAUCGGGAAGUGGUGGAAUUGCUCUGGGUGGGAAUGCAACUCCAAUGGCACCUGCAACUUUGGUUGAUUAUCAAACUGAUGAAACAUGGAUUUAUCAAAUUGCAUCACAAACUUCAGAGUAUAAUCAUAAAUUGGCUGAGUUGCGCUUACAAGUUGCUGCAAAUGGGUACAGAGAUGUGUUUACCAAUAUUGUUCAGUUUCCUGAGUCGACGCAACCUCAUCAGAUUAGAGUUGAGAAAGUGGGUGGUACUGGCGAUGAUGCUGAUGACAAGCUAACAUAUGAUAUCUACUACAAAAGUAGGGACUUAAGGCGACCAAUUACUGGAUUGGCAAAUGUGUCGAAAGAUAUUAUUGAUGAGAUUGACGAUGAAGAGAUUAAACAAGCUGUACUUGUUCAACAAAAGUACGAAAUUGCAUCUGUAUUGUAA